GAUGUCAUCCAGCUCCAGCUCACAUUUACACGCACAGGCUCGCAGUAGCAGUACUAGUUGUACUAGACCUAUUGCCCACUAGAUAAAUGCAAAAGCCUCUGUAGCUCACGAGAGCCAUGAGUGAGACUCUCCAUCCCCACAACGAAAGCUCAAGAACGCUUGACACUAUUAUUCGCAUUGCGUCCAAAGAUCACCGGAGCCACAUACCAUGAGCACCAGCUCAGAUGAGAGAAUGUUUGAGAUGGAUGCGGAGCCAGCAUCGCCAGCAGACUCCGUUCCUACGCAGCAUCAAACUACUUGCCGCAUCAUCGAGGGCAUCCUUGGGGGGUGCACACCAUUGGAGAUGGAGAUAUAUGAGAGGGCCAUGGCGCAUGUGAGGGAGAUGGGGGAGGAGACGAGGAGGAGCAGCUUGAAGAAGAGGCUGGUGGCGAGGCUGAGGAAAGACGGCUACGACGCGUCUCUCUGCAGGUCUUCUUGGGUCGCCACCACCCAGCAUCCGGGAGGUGAGCACGAGUACAUCGACGUCCACGUGGCGGGGGGCGGCGGGGCCGGCCGGACCAGGCUAAUCGUGGACAUAGAUUUCAGGUCCCAGUUCCAGCUGGCUAGACCAGCCCCAUGGUACGCCUACCUCUCGGCCCGGCUGCCCGCCGUGUUCGUGGGCCCGCCGGACAGGCUGCGGAAGGCCGUGGCGCUGCUCUGCGUGGCCUCCCGCCGCUCGCUCCGGGAGAGCGGCCUACACGUCCCGCCGUGGAGGCGGUCCAGCUACAUGCAGGCCAAGUGGUUCCCUUCCCCCGCCCCGCUGCCGGACGGCGACGGCGCGGUGGCCCAGCAGCAGCAGCAGUCCCAGUGGUCGGUGGCGAACGCCGGACCGGCCGGGUCCCGGAGGUCGGGCCUCUCGAUGGAGAUGGACGGCCAGGAUGGCUCCUCCUGGGCGCAGUGACGUUGUUCUCUUUUUCACUCCUCGCUGUUGGGUUUGGACAGGGUAGAAAGUUUUAGGUUGGAUGGAGGUGUGGUGGUGGUGGUGGUGGUGGUGCCGUGGCGCUGCUGGUCAGGGCAGUGGUCAGUGUUCUGUAGGAGCAGUGGUCACCUUUUCGAAAUUUUGCUUACACCGUCAA